GCCUAGGUUCCUACAUUCUGCCGUCCUUAUGGAAGGCUUAAUGCUGGUGUUUGGUGUAACACCCAUAAUGACACAGCACACUCUUAUGGGCCAAGUGUUUUCAGGUGCGGACUUUCUAGCAUAUGACAUCAGCUGCAAUGAGUGGCAUACCAUGCGUAAACCCCCCAAUCUUUACCUGGACAUCGCACGUUAUGGUCAUAGGUCCCUUGUGCAUGAUGGUGCUAUGUAUGUGGCGGGUGGCUUUAAUGGCAAAAUGCUGGGAUCUGUGCUACGCUAUCAUCCAGGAGAGUGUAAAUCUCUCUCUCAAGAAGACUGUAUAGCCACUUUUCCUGGUCGCAAAUGCAUGUGGAACAGAAUUCUGAGUCGGUGUGAAACCAUUAAUGACCAUGACAAGAAGUCUUUUGAUGUCUGUCCACCUGUUACUGUAAAGCAUAAUUUAACUGCCCUUUGUAGUGAACAGUCAUCUUGCCUUUCUUGCGUCUUUAUACAUACAAGUGUUACUGGUGUGCAGUACAUGCACCCAACAAGUGCUUGGAGCUCUCGAAGGUAA